CGAAGAUUGAUCGAAAACGCAAGCUGGCUCCAACAACAAGAUGGACCGAUCAGUUGUUCCUCGAACAACUAUAUAGAAAUAUCCGAAUCGAGUUGGAACAUGAGUUGCAGUAAAGCAUAGGCUUAGCAUCAGAAGCGUUGCUCUUACUCUUAGCGAAGAGAUGAGCAGCUUUAUACUUAUCCCCCUCCACUAACUCAUUCUCACUACUUGUCACUUUUGGCCCUUGAAUUCAUCAUACUUAUUUGCCACAACACAUUUUACAAGCGAAACUCUCUUCGUUCCGUUUCGAAACGAAAGGUGACCGUGACAGUGAACGCCUAUGUCAUGAAAUAAAACUUCAAGUCUAGUAUAUCCUUUUCGUACGACUUCUUCUUCUCAAUUGUUUUAGAUCAAAAAACACAAGCUGCAUUAUAUCAGCGAGGAGAAAACGUGAUCCACAUUGGUCAUCGACAUGAGCAGUACCUCCCAGGGUGAGCCUCCAUCGGCGAUGGUGGUCGCCGCCAAAAGGGCUCGGCGGACAGCUUUGCGGCUCGCACAGCUUUCCACGGAGAACAAAAACGCUUUGUUGCGCAAAUUUCAAUCGAAGCUGCGGGAGCACAAGGCAAAAAUCCUGGCGGAGAACGAAUUGGACGUGCGAGAUGCGCAGCGCUUGGCCGACCAGGGGCAGCUGUCGCAGACGCUGGUGCGCCGGCUCGGCCUCGGGGGCAGCAAAUUCGACACGCUACUGGAGGGGAUUGAGCAGGUAAUCGCGCUCGAAGACCCCGUCGGGAAAUGCACCUACGCCAACGAGCUGACAAAGGGCCUACAAUUGUAUCGCGUCACAUGCCCGAUCGGCGUGAUGUGCGUUAUAUUCGAGGUACUACUAGCAUGAGACAAUAUGAAAAUCAAUGCUUGGCAUAUAAGUAAAAGUAUUUUUAAAUUUAUGUAAUAAACUUAACCAAAAGCAAAAAGCUGACACAAAGCGGGCACCUGUCGUGAUAUCUUUUAUUUUAUUUUCGUUCUUUUCAAAACAUAAACAUGAGAUCGUCCCCGAUGCCAUUUAUCUUGGUCGGUCUGGCAGUUAUUUGCACUAGCUCUGUUUAUUUUCAUUGGAUUUCAGGCUCGCCCGGAAGCUUGUGUGCAGAUCGCCUCGCUCGCAUUGAAGAGUGGAAAUGCUCUACUGCUAAAGGGCGGUAAGGAAGCGUCAAGGAGCAACCGCAUUUUGGUGGAGACUCUGCAGAUUGCGGUGCGAGACUUUGUCGUCGAGCAAGAAACGAAGAGCAAAAGCCAGGAACUUCUCGACAAGGACGCAGCGGAAGGUGUUUUGCAGUUACUCGAAGCUCGGGAGGAGGUUGCUGCCAUACUAAAGAUGGACAGCUUCAUUGAUCUAGUGGUUCCCCGAGGCGGGAACGCUCUGGUCCGCUACAUCAAGAACAACACUCUGAUCCCAGUUCUGGGGCACGCGGACGGCAUCUGUGCUGCGUACGUGGACGCCGAGGUGCCGAAAAGCGGCCAGCAGCCCAAGGGUCUCGCAAAGAACGGUAGCUGCGAGAAGAACUCCGCGUCAACAACCGUAGUCUCUAAGAACGACCCAACAAGUGGUCUUCACGCGGCUUCCGCACAGGAGAACAAAACUUUUGUCGGGGAGGUAUUGCUCGAGUCGAAAACGGGCUACGUGUCCGCAUGCAACGCAGCGGAGACUCUUCUGCUGCACGCCUCGCACUGCCGCGGCGAAAGAAGUCAUGACUCCGGGGGCGUCCUGGUGUUGAAGAGACCCUCAGCGACCGCCUCUACUUCAUCUUCAAGCACCGUGGUGGAGGAGAUCAUCGAUGCGUUUGCCGGAUGGGCAGAGAGAACGAAGCAAAGCAUGGAGUUUCGUUGUGAUCCUUUGUCGAAGCAAGCAUUUGAGAAGGCCUUGCAGAUACGAAAGAGCAACAAGCACGUCGGCAAGAUGAACACGACGAAAGAUGGGGAACAACUUCUGGUAGUAAAGGACGCAACCCCCGCAGACUACGACACUGAGUUCUUGGACUACGUACUGGCCGUCAAGACAGUCGGGGGCGUGGAAGAGGCCAUCGCCCACAUCAACGAACACGGGUCGAAGCACACCGACCUGAUUCUGACUGCCUCCCAGGAAAACUGCGAAACGUUUAUGCAGGGCGUCGACAGCGCCGACGUGUUAUCGGCUGAAACAAAACCAUCCUCAUCCAUGAUAUUGGAAUGAGAAAUACUUCGAGAUAGUACAGGCACUUCGACGGUCGUGUCCGCCUGACCUACCUUUCCUGCACGGCAGCCAGCAUGAUCUGUGUCGGUUUGCAAAGGGGGAGGCAAAGUGCGCCGCGGCCGCAUUUUUUUGUAGCAUGAGAACUAGCACGGGCUUGGGGCCGCGGCGCCAGGCACACUGGCGGCUUCGCAGCUACGGGAGAUCGAUUGUUACUAGUUGUGUGCUGGCUGCUUGUGGUCCUGCUCCUGUGCCAGUGCCACUGCCAGCUUGGUGCAUGUUCGGGUGUUUUUCUCUGCACUGCCUUGCGCACCCGCCCUUGAAACAACCCGCAUGCCCCCUGGCUCCUCCAAGAUAGCGCAGUCUUUUACGCAAGCUGCCGCGCUUGCGCAUGAUGCGCUUCAUGUUUUGCAUGACCAAUCAGAUGGGGAUGGUUUCUUUUCCCGCCGUGAUAUUUGUUCCAUAACUGUUCCACGCGAUUCGCCGAUGGUUUCCGCUUCGGUUUCGGUGCCGAGAUCGGCAUCUCUACGAACCGCAUUCACUCCCGGGGUCCCGUCGGGCUCGAGGGUCUAGUUUUGUACAAGUACCGCCUUUACUCCGACCAGGGGCACUGUGUCGCCACCACUCGAUUCGACCACGCCCGGCAGCCCCACUGUGAAAACAAGCGCAUAGCCGACAUCCUGGAACAGGAGCAUGGCAACAGCAGCACGACCACUGCCCAAAAGCUGAAGAAGGCGAAGGUUUCCCCGGGCAGAUAGGACAGGAAAGUCCGAGAGAGACUUGCACCUUCUUGAAGCACCGUUCUAGCACAUGCGUUUGUCGUGCCACGAACAGACGCACUACAACAGGUUGUUAAGGAUGUUUCUGUAUAUUUCGUCAUUAUUUCUUCACCCUUCAGCACCCAUUUUGAU